AUGAGGUCUGUUGAUAGGGAUAACUUGCAUCGACCAUUUGGAGGUAAAGUGAUAGUAUUCGUGGUGAUUAUCAGGCAGAUAUUACCAGUUGUACCAAAGGGAACUAGGCAGGAUAUCGUGUUCGCCACCGUUAAUUCGUCUUACUUAUGGGAUUCGUGUAAGGUCCUUAGACUUACUCGCAAUAUGAGAUUACAAUCAGGUUCCUCGAAAUCUUCUGUUGAUGAAUUGCGAGAAUUCUCAGAGUGGAUACUAAGCGUAGGAGAUGGAAAUGCUGGCGGUCCUAAUGAUGGUGAAGCCGUCAUCGAGAUUGCAAAAGAUAUCCUUAUAGAUCCAGGGCCGAUCCGAUUUCAGCAAUUGUUGAAAGCACGAGAAGAGAGAGUCUAUUUGAGUUCGGAUGCUAUAAGCAAAGAGGAAGGAAACUUUGGAGUCCACGAAAUAUACUCCACUGAAUUCCUCAAUACAAUAAAAUGCUCUGGUCUCCCAAAUCAUAGCAUACGAUUAAAGGUUGGUGCCCCGUUAUGCUUCUACGUAAUAUUGAUCAAACAUCUGGAUUAUGUAAUGGACGAGGUUAGUCGUCAAUCAUUUAGGUAA